UAGUGAAACUCUGUUGUCCUUUUUUAAACUCUGUUCCAGUGAAUGAAAAAAAGAGUUUGGGAGAGAAAGUCACAUUUGUUCACGAGAUUCUAUCUACCUCUAAAAGUUUCUUCGUUAAAAUAAAAUAAACCCUCUCACUUCCUGUGAGUUCAGUUCUCACUUUCACAUUUACCACCUCUUUCUUUCAUCAUUUCCAUACUUUAAUUUUUCGUGUACCCAAAAUAUCUCUCUCUUUGCAUUUCCCAAGUGUACCCAAAGCUUUUAUCUCUGAUCUAAACAAAUUCAGUUACACCUCCAAACACAACCCUACAACACAGUUUUUUUUCAAUCAGUUCCAUUUUUCCUGCACAACAACAACAGUAACUGAAAUGUUGGGUAGAUCAUAUCACGUCACUUAACAAAAACCGAUCAUAUCAAAAGCUCCAAUCAGCCAAGUCUGAGAAACCCAGGUGAGAAACUUAACUUAGGCUUUCCCAAAACAUAGCAAAUAAAUCCAACAAAACCCAUUUGAGAAAAUAAAAGUUUGAGUGAAAUUGUUGUCAGAAAAUGUAGAGUUGAAACUCAAAACAUAGUAUGAGAGAGUACAAUUACAAUUACAAUAUGCAUCAGAGGUUUGAGUGGAGUUAUUUCUUGUCAAGGUCGGGGCUUUAUCGUCACUUCGCAGACAUGAUCUGGCGGCCAUUUAUGAAGGCUCCUGCCCGAUCCUCUGCUUUCUUCAUCUUCCUCAUCGCCGGCGCGUUUGUCUUCACGCGCGUGCUCUACACCACUGGAAUCCCCAAAAUUCCUAAAAAGCCCUUAGAGCCAAUUGCGAUCCCACUAGACUGUACAGCUUACAACCUCACACGAACCUGCCCUUCAAACUACCCAACCACGUUCAACCCAGAAGAAGAUCCUGACCGUCCGUCACUACCCACGUGUCCGGAGUACUUCCGUUGGAUCCACGAAGAUCUACGGCCCUGGGCCCACACUGGGAUCACGAGGGACAUGUUGGAAAGGGCUAAAGCGACAGCGAAUUUCAGGCUGGUGAUAGUGAAGGGCAAGGCUUACGUGGAGAGAUUUCAGAAUGCGUUUCAGACAAGAGACGUUUUUACGCUGUGGGGGAUCCUACAGUUAUUGCGGAGGUACCCUGGGAAAAUACCUGACUUGGAGCUGAUGUUUGAUUGCGUUGACUGGCCGGUCAUCAAAACAAAGGACUAUCAAGGGCCCAAUUCCACGGGCCCACCUCCGCUGUUUCGGUACUGUGGGGAUGAUGAUACACUGGAUAUUGUUUUCCCUGAUUGGUCCUUUUGGGGAUGGGCUGAGGUCAAUAUAAAGCCUUGGAAACAUUUGUUGAAUGAUCUAAAAGAAGGCAACAAGAGGAUGGGAUGGAUGGCAAGGGAACCUUAUGCUUACUGGAAGGGUAAUCCAUCGGUUGCUCUAAUCAGGCAAGAACUCAUGAAAUGUAAUGUCUCUGACAAUCAAGACUGGAAUGCUCGUGUAUAUGCUCUGAGGAAUGAAGAUGAGCAAAUUUGUUAUGUCACAUGUAAAAAAAGUAUCGCAACUGGUACAAUAGUGGAUGUUCAUUUGCAGGAUUGGGUCCGAGAAUCACAGGAAGGAUACAAACAGUCAAACUUGGCUAGCCAUUGCAAUUAUAGGUAUAAGAUUUAUAUCGAAGGCUCUGCCUGGUCUGUCAGUGAAAAAUACAUUCUUGCUUGUGAUUCUGUUAGCUUACUUGUGAAGCCCCACUACUAUGAUUUCUUCACAAGAGGUUUGAUGCCAGUGCACCACUACUGGCCUGUAAGGAAUGAUGACAAAUGCAAAUCUAUUAAGUUCGCAGUUGACUGGGGCAACAACCAUAAGCAAAAGGCACAAGGAAUGGGGAAGGCAGCAAGUGAAUUCAUUCAAGAAGACUUGAAGAUGGAAUAUGUAUAUGAUUACAUGUUUCAUCUUUUAAAUGAGUAUGCUAAGCGCUUAACAUUCAAACCCAUUAGACCCAGAGAAGCUGUUGAACUCUGUGCAGAGACAAUGGCUUGUCCAGCAGAAGGAGUGCAGAAGAAAUUUUUUAUGGAAUCCAUGGAAAAUGGUCCCACGUACACUAGCCCAUGCACUAUGCCUCAGCCAUAUGAUCCUCCAUCUCUUCAUGCACUUCUGCAGAGAAAGGAAAAUUCAAUAAAACAAGUGGAAUUGUGGGAGAAGAAUUUUUGGGAAAAUCAAAAUAAGCAGAUAUAGAAGGUUUCUUUUUCUAUUCUUAUUUAUACACAUUAAUGUAUAUUUUUUUUAGGAGUAAGUCACAGCUCAAUUAUUUACUCAUAUAUGUCCCAUUUUGGAUGGUGUUUACAGAAGGAAAAAAAAAAAAAAAAUCCACAAAAUAAAUGUAUCACUAUUUGAUUACUGAGGAAAGUCAUAAUUUACCUCCUCUUAUGAUCUUGAUAACAGUCUUAUUGUGUUGUUUGGUUCAAAGUGUAUUAUGAAUAUAAGAUUUCAAGGUUAGGAAGAAAUUGAUCUAGCAAUGGUAAGCUGCAAAUAGGUUAUCAUUUAUAGCUUCA